ACGUGCGCUGUUUUGGGGUGCGUAUCAAUUGGAGAAAUCCUGGGAGAAGAGAGGCAGAACCAAGAUAGGCCUGCUUAUUAUCGUUGGUCACGUGACUGCUAAAUGAGCAGUAAGAAGAGGGUCAGUGUGUUUGCUCGACUGGGUCCAGCCGGUCCUACGUCACCAGAUCAGGCUGUACCACCACCAAGCCAUCGUCGCUACAGCUCUGACAAGCACUUGGAUAAGGCUCACCACACUCACCCCCUCCCCCCUCCCCCACACUCACACCCUCACCCAGGAGCCAGAGAUGACAGCUUGAGGGAAAGAAAACCGAGCCAUCAAGAUUAUGAGGAAAAGAAACAGAUGCACUAUCGUGACGUACCUCCACCUCCUCCCCCACUCCCUUCCUCAUCUCGUCACCGCUCUCACAAACACUACCACGAGGAACCCGAACACUUGGAGUACCCCGAAAAGCCACCCCGAGAUGUCGGGGGAGGACGGGGUGAGAAACGUUCCUCCCUCACGUCCCCCCUCCCCCCUCCUCCUCCCCCUGCACCAAGAAAAUCUCGUGACCUUGCCGAUCGAUUAUCUCCGACCGGCAAAGACAUUCUGUCGAAACCGUUCAUGGGUGGCUAUGAGGACAAGUUGAGUAAACUGAAUCGAAGUGGUAGUGGGGGGAACAGUGGUAAUAAUGAGGGGGGCAGGGGGGUCGGAGGGGGUAAGGGGAAACGGGGGACCCCUCCAGAGGGGGGUGCGGGGAGCGAUGGGGAAGCAGGGGAAUUGGUGGAGGAAAGUCGAAGAAAGAGAAACAGACCUGACAAAAAGGCUAGGUUAGAAGGCAGUGGUAUAGACGAUGUUGGCAGAAGGCCCGCCAAACCACAUCAUUUGCCCGAGAGAGACAGGAGAGAGAAAGGUGGAGAGAGACACGGUUGGCCUGAGAAACCAACACUGCCAUCUUCUUCUUCCUCGUUGGCUCCGUUGGUUGAGGGUGCGGGAGGGGGAGAGGGGGAGGGCGGGAAAGAGGGACGAGCGAGAGGGAGAGGAGACGAGAGAGAAGGAAGAAGAAAACGCGAGGAGGAGUGGCCAGAACCACCACGGGAGCUAGCAAGAAAGAGAAAAAGAGAAAACUCGGAGGGAAUCUGCACUCCCCCACCUGACGCUAACUUGAAGCGAGCGAGACCAUUAGACAUCGGUUCCAAGGACCAGCCUUCAGACACGAGUGCUCUCCCUCCACGAGAUGAGAGACAUCCCCGUCCGGCCAAGGAGAGUGGCGAAUCGCUCGAGAGAAAGAGACGAUAUGAGUCUUCGGUCGGUGGCUCUGCUCCCGACACUGAUAAAGAGGCACCCCUGCCUAAAAAACCUCGUUCCGGUGAGACCACGAGCAGUCGUAAGACGAGUCGAGCAGAUAUUUCUUCGUCGUCGUCGAUGUCGGCUGGGACAAGUAUGCGGAAAAGAACAGAGCACUAUAAUAAAGGCAGAAGUGAGUCAGAGCACACCGGUGCCAGCGAGUCUGGAGAAGCCAUGAAACCUCCUCCAAAGUUGGACUGGAGUACCAUUAGCUCUCUCAGUCUCCCGCGACCCAAACCAUCAUCGACUUCGGCCGUCCAGCGAUUCAGUCCCGGGGCAGUCUUCUCUCGUCUGGGCGUGUCUCGUGCUCUCGCCGGGCCGAGCCUGUUUGCUCUAGUCUCGUCCUCGGUUUCGAAACAACUCGCAAGAGAAGAAGAGACUCUCUGCGUGGAAACUGGAAACAGGCUCCCAGAGGAACUCCUGGCGAGUCCGUUUGGCGACUCUGAAUUUGCCAUGACGGGGGUGUCGGGGAUCAAGACUGCUAAUGAGAAUUGUCGCGUGUGUGUCAAUAUCGGGCCGCACAGACAAGCACUGUUGGCUUCAGCAGACUUUGCGCUACGGAGAAGACUAGGAAAAUCCGCCAAGGGACUUCUCCCUCCAUCCCCCUCGUCUUCGACGUGGAGCUCUGAAAAUUUCGCAACAGCUCGAGACCUCUACAACUCCCUAGGAACCAAAGCCUCUGGCAAACCAGCCUAUCGUUUGGAAAGCUCGGAAGUGGGCAGUCUGCUCAUACCAAAGUGAAAAAAACGAACAAGACUCUAUAAUUCACUGUUUGGCAGUUACAAAAGACACCCUCAAAGCAUGCAGGAGCCUAUAAUUUUUCAUGGGUUAUACAAAUUUGUGUGAAACAUUUUUUGACACGUGCGGUAGUUCAAAGUCCGUCGGUGGUGGGGAUUAAUUGGAGAGAAGAUGAGCGAGAAGGGUAGCAGCAGUAAGCAGCCGGCGCGGGCGCUGGACGUGUCGCGAGCGACUCGAGAAGUGUGGCUGGUGAAAGUCCCCAACUACCUCUCCGACGUGUGGUCAAAGGCGGAGCCCGGAGCCGAGCUGGGCGUCAUGCGCGACGCUUCGGCGAAGGGGCGGCUUCAAGUCAGUUUUACUGUUGCUCCGAAGCUCCUUCAGAAGGCUCAGGCGGAUAUGGGGGUAGAAAUACCUGCUGAACACAAGGUUCAUAUGCAAAACACUUCAUCCCAAUCCCUCUGUACGUUCUCGGAAGAGGUGGGCGUGGCUGGUGGGUGUGGUCAACUAAUGGCAGAAGGGAAAGUGAGCCAACGAGCAGACAUCCAGCCUCCCAGCAGCGAAGUCUACAUGAAGCUGAAAGGGCACCAGUUCAGGGCAGCUGGGAAGACGAAGAACACGGCACAGCAGUUAGACAGAGCUCCAGCCACCGUCUACAAACCACGAUCACACCAAAAAGAAUAUGCUGAUCACGAGAAGAAAAAGAAGGAGGCUGGGAAGAGGGCAAAGGACGACAGGGAAGUUGUCCUCGAUCUAAUCUUCUCUGCCUUCCAGCAACACGAGUACUACAAUUUCAAGGACCUGGUUCAGAAGACUCAGCAACCGGUGUCCUAUCUCCGAGAGAUUCUGAAGGAGGUGUGCCAGUACAGUGUCAAAGCCCCUCAUAGAAACAUGUGGCACCUAAAGCCAGAGUACCGUCACUACCAACCAAAGACCGACUGAUUUAACUCUUUACUCACUCAUCAUUUUCAACACGUUUUAAAAUCUUGCAUAUUAUGUAUAAUAUACAUAAUAAUUAUAUUGAACAGACUCAAUAGACAAACUCAUUUUUGUACAAAAAACUGGCUAGUUUCAAAUGCCACAGUACACAUGACGGCGGGUGUGAGUGUGCUCUAAAUAGAAGUGUUAUACGGCAGCUGCUUCUGCCGUUGCCGUGGCAGUAUCCGCAGCCGGUUGCAUUUCCC